AUGAGGACCACAGCCCUGGCUUUCCUGCCUGCUGGCUGUGUGAUUUUGAGGGGCCGCAGGGGUGGGGUGCACGGGCAAGCCAGGGCCCCCGCAGCCUCUAUUGGACCCUCAGUCUCAGCCUUCAGCAAGAAGCCACGGUCCGUGGAGGUGGCCGCCGGGGGCCCUGCCGUGUUCGAGGCCGAGACAGAGCGGGCCGGAGUGAAGGUGCGCUGGCAGCGAGGAGGCACUGACAUCAGCGCCAGCGACAAGUUCGGGCUGGCAGCCGAGGGCACGCGGCACACGCUGACCGUGAGGGACGUGGGCCCUGCGGACCAGGGGUCUUACGCCGUCAUCGCAGGCUCCUCCAAGGUCAAAUUUGACCUCAAGGUCGUCGAAGCAGAGCCAGCAGAGCCCGUGCCGGCCCCUGCCCCAGCCCCUGCCCCUGCCCCUGCGGAGGCCCCUGCGGAGGCCCCCGGCGUUCCCGGAGAAGCCCCGGCCUCAGCCACUGAGGUGGAAGGAGGCUCCCCAAGUCCCAAAGGGUCAAGUUCAGCGGCCCCCAAUGGGUCUGCUGCCCCCGACGACCCCAUCGGCCUCUUUGUGACGCGGCCACAGGAUGGCGAGGUGACCGUGGGCGGUAGCGUCACCUUCUCGGCCCGCGUGGCCGGGGCCAGCCUCCUGAAACCGCCCGUCGUCAAGUGGUUCAAGGGCAAGUGGGUGGACCUGAGCAGCAAGGUGGGCCAACACCUACAGCUGCACGACAGCUACGACCGGGCCAGCAAGGUCUACCUGUUUGAGCUGCACAUCACCGAUGCCCAAGCCACCUCCGCGGGCGGCUACCGCUGUGAGGUGUCCACCAAGGACAAGUUUGACAGCUGCAACUUCAACCUCACUGUCCAUGAGGCCAUCGGCCCCGGAGACCUGGACCUCCGGUCAGCUUUCCGCCGCACGAGCGUGGCUGGCGGUGGUCGUCGGACCAGUGACAGCAGCGAGGACGCCGGGGUCCUGGACUUCAGCUCGCUGCUGAAGAAGAGCAGCAGUUUCCGGACCCCACGGGACUCGAAGCUGGAGGCCCCGGCCGAGGAGGACGUGUGGGAGAUCCUGCGGCAGGCGCCGCCGUCCGAGUACGAGCGCAUCGCCUUCCAGCACGGAGUCACCGACCUGCGGGGCAUGCUCAAGAGGCUCAAGGGCAUGAAGCGCGAUGAGAAGAAGAGCACAGCCUUCCAGAAGAAGCUGCAGCCGGCCUACCAGGUGAACAAGGGCCACAAGAUCCGGCUGACGGUGGAGCUGGCCGACCCCGACGCCGAGGUCAAGUGGCUGAAGAAUGGACAGGAGAUCCAGAUGAGCGGCAGCAAGUACAUCUUCGAGUCCAAUGGUGCCAAGCGCACACUGACCAUCAGCCAGUGCUCGCUGGCGGACGACGCGGCCUACCAGUGCGUGGUGGGCGGCGAAAAGUGCAGCACCGAGCUCUUUGUCAAAGAGCCCCCGGUGCUGAUCAUGAGGCCCCUGGAGGACCAGCUGGUGAUGGUGGGGCAGCGGGUGGAGUUUGAGUGCGAGGUGUCUGAGGAGGGGGCCCAGGUGAAAUGGCUGAAGGACGGGGUGGAACUGACUCGGGAAGAGACCUUCAAGUACCGGUUCAAGAAGGACGGCCGGAAACACCACCUGAUCAUCAACGAGGCCACCCUGGAGGACGCCGGGCACUACGCGCUGCGCACCAGCGGGGGCCAGGCGCUGGCCGAGCUCAUCGUGCAGGAGAAAAAGCUGGAGGUGUAUCAGAGCAUCGCGGACUUGACGGUGGGCGCGAAGGACCAGGCCGUGUUCAAGUGUGAGGUGUCGGACGAGAACGUGCGGGGCGUGUGGCUGAAGAACGGGAAGGAGCUGGUGCCUGACAGCCGCAUAAAGGUGUCCCACAUCGGGCGGGUCCACAAACUGACCAUCGAUGACGUCACGCCUGCGGACGAGGCUGACUACAGCUUCGUGCCUGAGGGCUUCGCCUGCAAUCUGUCCGCCAAGCUCCACUUCAUGGAGGUCAAGAUUGACUUCGUGCCCAGGCAGGAACCUCCCAAGAUCCACCUGGACUGCCCUGGCCGCAAGCCGGACACCAUCGUGGUUGUGGCCGGGAACAAGCUGCGCCUGGACGUCCCCAUCUCCGGGGACCCUGCUCCCACGGUGAUCUGGCAGAAGACCAUGACACAGGGGAAAAAGGUCCCAGCUGGGCCGGCGCCUGAUGCCCCAGGGGAUGCAGGUGCCAGUGACGAGUGGGUGUUUGAAAAGAAGCUGCUGUGUGAGACCGAGGGCCGGGUCCGAGUGGAGACCACCAAGGACCGCAGCAUCUUCACCGUCGAGGGGGCAGAGAAGGAAGACGAGGGUGUCUACACGGUCACCGUGAAGAACCCUGUGGGCGAGGACCAGGUCAACCUGACAGUCAAGGUCAUCGACGUGCCGGAUGCCCCUGCGGCCCCCAAGAUCAGCAACGUGGGCGAGGACUCCUGCACGGUGCAGUGGGAGCCGCCUGCCUACGACGGCGGGCAGCCGAUCCUGGGUUACAUCCUGGAGCGCAAGAAGAAGAAGAGCUACCGGUGGAUGCGGCUGAACUUCGACCUGCUGCGGGACCUGCGGCACGAGGCGCGGCGCAUGAUCGAGGGCGUGGUGUACGAGAUGCGCGUCUACGCCGUCAACGCCAUCGGCAUGUCCAGGCCCAGCCCCGCCUCCCAGCCCUUCAUGCCCGUUGGCCCCCCCAGCGAGCCCACCCACCUGGCGGUGGAGGACAUCUCCGACACCACCGUGUCCCUCAAGUGGAGGCCCCCGGAGCGCGAGGGAGCCGGAGGCCUGGAUGGCUACAGCGUGGAGUACUGCCAGGAGGGCGGCUCCGAGUGGGUGGCCGCCCUGCAGGGGCUGACAGAGCGCACCUCGAUGCUGGUGAAGGACCUGCCCACGGGGGCCCGGCUGCUCUUCCGGGUGCGGGCACACAACGUGGCCGGGCCCGGAGCCCCUGCCACCACCAAGGAGCCCGUGACGGUGCAGGAGAUCCUGCAGCGGCCACGGCUCCAGCUGCCCAGGCACCUGCGCCAGACCAUCCAGAGGAGGGUCGGGGAGCCCGUGAACCUCCUCAUUCCUUUCCAGGGCAAGCCCCGGCCUCAGGUGACCUGGACCAAGGAGGGGCAGCCAUUGGCGGGAGAGGAGGUAAGCAUCCGCAACAGCCCCACAGACACCAUCCUCUUCAUCCGGGCCGCUCGCCGCGCCCACUCUGGCACCUACCAGGUGACGCUGCGCAUCGAGAACAUGGAGGACAAGGCGACGCUGGUCCUGCAGAUCGUUGACAAGCCGAGUCCCCCCCAGGACAUUCAGGUCACAGAGGCGUGGGGCUUCAAUGUGGCUCUGGAGUGGAAGCCGCCCCAAGACGAUGGCAACACAGAGAUCUCGGGUUACACGGUACAGAAAGCAGACCAGAAGACCAUGGAGUGGUUCACGGUGCUGGAGCAUUACCGCCGCACCCACUGUGUGGUGUCCGAGCUCAUCAUCGGCAACGGCUACUACUUCCGGGUCUUCAGCCACAACAUGGUGGGGCCCAGUGACAAAGCCGCCACCACCAAGGAGCCUGUCUUCAUCCCCAGACCAGGCAUCACCUACGAGCCACCCGACUACAAGGCCAUGGACUUCUCCGAGGCCCCAAGCUUCACCCACCCCCUGGUGAACCGCUCGGUCAUCGCCGGCUACAAUGCUACUCUCUGCUGUGCCGUCCGAGGCAGCCCCAAGCCCAAGAUUUCCUGGCUCAAGAACGGCCUGGACCUGGGAGAAGACGCCCGCUUCCGCAUGUUCAGCAAGCAGGGCGUGCUGACCCUGGAGAUCAGGAAGCCCUGCCCCUACGACGGGGGCGUCUAUGUCUGCAGGGCCACCAACCUGCAAGGCGAGGCGCAGUGUGAGUGCCGCCUGGAGGUGCGAGUGCCUCAGUGACCAGGCUGCCUCCUCGGGCACGGCCAGAGGUGCCACCGGAUGCCAGCCAUGUGCCAGGAGCCUGAGGGAAGCUGGACAAGCCUCCUCCCGCUGCUGGACACGUGUGCGCGGUAUGACCGGGGGCCGGCUGCGGAGUGGUGACGAGCAGGCGUGGGGACUGUGCAGACUGACCCUUCGGCGCUCCCGCUGGAAGCUCUCAGAUCGUGGGGGCGAAGAGCGAGUGGGCUCAGGAAAUGAUGGCUGCGUACGUCUUUCUGGCCUGCCAUGCUCUCGGGGUGUACGGGCAAUAAAGAUC